UGCCACUGGGAUGCCCAAAAUUCCGAAAAACGCCAUUUAUGAGCCAAAGCAAAAGAUGCAGCUCUUCGCAGAGAGAAGAAAUUCAAGAAAAUAAAUUCCCAUUUACCGCCGAUCUUUUCGAAGAAGACUCCCAAAAAAAGAUUCAUCCCUACUCCUUCUAUCUGAUCCGAUCUGUUCGUUUCUGUAUCUGUAUAGUCGUUAAUUUAUUUGUCCGUUUUACCAAUUAUGAGGCGAAAUAAAGACCAUAGUUUUCCCACCAAAUCUCGUAUUAUUUGUGUGAUUUUCGGGGUUUUGUGGAAUGUGGUGAAUCGUUGAGGUAAAGAUAGGGUUUUUGUGGGUGGAGUGUGGGAGAUCGUCAACUACGUUUGUAAAGUUGGGAGCUUUGUUGUUGGUGAUUGUAGGUUUUCGAGCGUGUGUAUGAAGAUUUGGUGUUUUUCUUUUCUAUGCUUAGGAGAAGAAGAGGAAGAAAGGAAUAGUGAUAUUAGUAAUCUUGAUAUUAGGUAUUAUUUCAAUUUCGACAAUAAGGGAAUAGAGGCAAUGAGAGAGGGUAUUUUGGGAACUGGGAGUAAGGACGCGGAGAAUGAUGAAUCUGAAUUAGUUUUUUGGGAACCUUUUGGAGAUGGUAGCAGUGGUGGUGGUGAUGAUAGGCCGGGGUUAGGAUUCCAGGUGGAUGAUGAGAGAGUGAAUGCGACAGAUAAUAAUGAAAACUUUAAUUUUAAUAUUGAGUUUGAGAAAAAGAGUGAGGAUUUAUUGAGGUGGAUUGAUGAUUUGGGGUCUAGCAGUACUGGUGGUGGCAGAGAGAGUCAGGGGUUGAACGUGGAUGUUAAUCUGAAUUUGGGAUUGGGUGCUGAGGCUUCUUCGUCAUUGUCAUCAACAGUGGUGCAGGGGAGAGAGGAUCGCAGUCGUGAUUCUCAGAAUAAACGUCCCAAAGUUCAUUCAUUAUCCUUGGAUUGGGGAAGUCAUUUUGAAAAUGAAAUCCAUUACCUUUCUCCAGUGCAUGAGCAUGUUGGUGAUGAGGAUAUGCCUUAUUCUAUUAGCACGGGAGAUAGUGCUAGGAAAGAUAGUGAUGGGACCUUAAAAAUUGAGGACUUAGAAGUCCCUAUGGAUCUUACCGACGACUUAUUGCAUAUGGUUUUUACUUUCUUGGACCACAUUGACCUUUGUCGAGCAGCAAUGGUUUGCAGGCAGUGGAGAGAAGCAAGUUCUCAUGAAGAUUUCUGGCGGUAUUUGAAUUUUGAGAAUCGAAUUAUCUCCCCUCUACAAUGUGAGUAUUGUGAAACUAAUAUUUGUUUAAUAACUUAUUUUUUGUGUCCUCAGAGUUUGACAGCUGUGAGUUUCUGCAGUACUUCAUUAGUCAACCUUUCAUUUGGUGGUUGCCGUGCAAUUACUUCUGUUGAACUCAGAUGUCCUUAUCUCAAGCAUGUUUCACUAGAUGGUUGUGAUCAUCUUGAAAGAGCAUCUUUUUAUCCUGUUGGUCUGAAGUCCCUGAAUUUGGGUAUCUGCCCCAAAUUGAAUGUACUGCAUAUUGAAGCAUCACAAAUGGUUUCACUUGAACUUAAGGGAUGUGGCAUCUUGUCUGAGGCAUCCAUUAACUGCCCACUUCUGACAUCAUUGGAUGCAUCCUUCUGCAGCAAACUCAAGGAUGACUGCUUAUCUGCAACUACUUCGUCAUGCCCCCUUAUCGAGUCAUUAGUAUUAAUGUCAUGCCCUUCUAUUGGCCCUGAUGGACUCCUGUCUUUGCGCUGCCUCUCAAAUUUGACCAACCUUGAUUUAUCCUACACCUUUUUGGUUAAUCUGCAACCUGUCUUUGAUUCCUGUUUGUAUUUGAAGGUUCUAAAACUGCAAGCAUGCAAGUAUCUUGCUGACUCAUCUCUGGAGCCUCUCUACAAAGAUGGUGCUCUCCCAGCCUUAUGUGAACUUGACUUGUCCUACGGGACGCUCUGUCAAUCAGCGAUAGAGAAGUUGCUCACAUGCUGUACACAUCUAACUCACGUUAGCUUGAAUGGUUGUGUCAAUAUGCAUGACUUGAACUGGGGCUUUCGUAGUGAUAUGUCAUCUGAGAUGCUCACAUAUUAUUGGUCAUUUGACCCUUCUUCUCUUGGUGAUGUUUUCCUUCCAACGGAACACUCAGACCGUUUACUGCAGAACCUCAACUGUGUUGGUUGUCCGAACAUCAAGAAGGUCGUUAUUCCUCCUAUGGCGAGAUUUGUCAAAUUAUCAUCACUAAACCUUUCACUGUCUACAAAUUUGAAGGAAGUAGAUGUUUCUUGUUGCAAUUUAUGCUUUCUUAACUUGAGCAAUUGUUGUUCCUUGGAAAUUUUGAAGCUCGCCUGUCCAAGAUUGACCAGCCUCUUUCUUCAGUCCUGUAACAUAGAUGAGGAAGCGGUUGAAGCUGCCAUAUCACAGUGUGCCAUGCUGGAGACACUUGAUGUUCGCUUUUGCCCAAAGAUAUCUCCAUUGAGCAUGGGAAGGUUACGUGCUGCAUGCCCAAGUUUGAAACGCAUCUUCAGCAGCCUAAUACAAACUUGAUGUGAUCUUAAAGCCGUUGCUUGGUAUUUAUUUGUGUUCUGAUCUUGUAUAUGGUGUGUUUGUACGUUAGCAAUAGGUACUUGGUCUGAUGGUUGGUUGUGCAUCGUUUUUUAUGUUUGUAAAACUCUGUGUUCGAUAUUCGAUUUCAAGGUAUUGCAGUUCUAUGUUUUUUCUAACUUGGAAAUAUUUGUUUUUAAGUUGCUAAUAAUAUAUGGAAAA